GCUGGGGUCCUGGCUGUGGGGCUGGCGGGCGAAGGCUGCCGGGUGGAAGUGGAUGCUCAUGGGCGCCUCCGGGUCCGCGCGGGGUGGAGCUGUCCCGCAGAGCUGGUGCCAGCGCUGACAGCUGUGAACAUCAUGAGCGUGGGCUUCAUUGGGGCUGGCCAACUGGCCUUUGCCCUGGCUAAGGGCUUCACAGCAGCAGGCAUCCUGGCUGCCCACAAGAUAAUGGCCAGCUCCCCAGACAUGGAUUUGGCUACGGUGUCCGCCCUCAGGAAGCUGGGGGUGAACCUGACACCCCACAACAAGGAAACGGUGAGGCACAGUGAUGUGCUCUUCCUGGCGGUGAAGCCACACAUCAUCCCCUUCAUCCUGGAUGAGAUUGGUGCCGACAUCCAGGACAGGCACAUUGUGGUGUCCUGCGCGGCUGGCGUCACUAUCAGCUCCAUCGAGAAGAAGCUGAAGAUGUUCCAGCCAGCCCCAAAGGUCAUCCGCUGUAUGACUAAUACUCCAGCUGUGGUUCGAGAGGGGGCCACCGUGUACGCAAUGGGCACACAUGCCCAGGUGGAGGAUGGCAGUCUUCUGGAGCAGCUUCUGGGCAGUGUGGGCUUCUGCACAGAGGUGGAGGAGGACCUGAUUGAUGCUGUCACAGGGCUCAGCGGCAGUGGCCCUGCCUACGCCCAAGGGUGCUGCCUAGAGAGGCCCAGGACAACCUUCUCCCCACAGGCCUUCACAGCCCUGGAUGCCCUGGCUGAUGGGGGUGUGAAGAUGGGGCUUCCACGGCGCCUGGCAGUCCGCCUUGGGGCUCAAGCCCUAUUGGGGGCUGCCAAGAUGUUACUGGCCUCAGAACAGCAUCCAAGCCAGCUCAAGGACAACGUCUGCUCUCCUGGUGGGGCCACAAUCCAUGCCUUGCACGUGCUGGAGAGUGGGGGUUUCCGCUCCCUGCUCAUCAAUGCUGUGGAGGCCUCUUGCAUCCGUACCCGGGAGCUGCAGUCCAUGGCUGACCAGGAGAAGGUUUCAUCAGCUGCCAUCAAGAAGACUGUCCUGGACAAGGUGAAGCUGGACUCCCCUGUGGAGUCCUCUCUGUCUCCUGGCUAUACCAAGCUGUUUCCUCGUAGCCUAGCCCCGGCAGGCAAAAAGGACUGAUGUGUCCUACCUGUCCACCGUCUUGCCUCCACCUCCUCAUCUCACCUCUUCACUCAACGCUCCUAUGCUGGGGGUCCCCAGGCCAUGCAGUGUCCCCACAUGGCUAGCGGCCCAUGGCCUUGAUUACUUUGGGGAUCAGCUGGGGUCUGAGCCAGUGAGGGGGCACAUCAUUCCCCACUGGAAAUCUCCAUGUCUCUAAGUGUUCUCUAGCCCAGAAUAGGGGUGGGUGCUCUGACCUCAGCUUCCCCUCCACUCUGGAGCUCAGGUGGCCUGGAGGGUCUUCACCCACCCUGCCUCCAGUGUUAGCUGGCUUCAGCUUGGCUCCUGCCCCCACUCAGGGAGAUGCUUGUCCUUCCUGUGUGAGGCCCAGAGGGUCCCAGGCACAAGGGACCAUAGUUCCUCUUGAUCAGCUGCCAAGGACCUGUGAUCCUAUUGGACUUUGAGAAAAGGGCUCCUCCAGAGGUCACCAGCACUCAGGCCACCGUCCCCCAUUCCUAACCUGACUGGCAGGAUGCUGUCAUUACCCUCCAAGCCCUAGGCUAUAUAAAUUGGUUCCCAGCCUCCA